AGAUUGCGCGGCGCAUGCGCACUGCAGCCACAGUUGAUUCUCGCGGGUCUCCGGGAACAUGAAGCUCGGCGGUGCUGGAUCAGUCAGAGCUGUCCCGCUGUUCUUGGUUCACAGACUAACUGGAGCAGGAAAUGCUAACUGCUAGCCGCUCAGAGCAGAAGCAGUCCGGCCUGCCGCGGGUUCAGGUUAGCUCUGAGGUUGGUUCUGAGGUUAGCCGGCCAGCUAACACAGCUUGUUUUGGUCUAGAAGCUAACUUUAGUAUCAACGCCCAGGUGAGCGGAUCUCAGGCUGAGCUACUGAGUCCUCCCCGCAGCUCUGAGACCAGCCAGAGACGAGGAGGAGGAGGAGGAGGAGGAGGGAGGAGGAAGACGACGACGAUGGCACCGGUGUCCGACGUGGAGGUGGAGGUGUCCUCGGUGUCGGACAGGGGAGGGAGGGGGAGGAGAGCGGGGCCUCCGUCUCUGGACGACUGCCUGUGUCCGGUGUGUCUGGAGAUCUUCUUGGAGCCGGUGACGCUUCCCUGCACGCACACCUUCUGCAAGGGUUGUUUCCUGGAGUCGGUGGAUAAAGCCACGCUGUGCUGUCCGAUGUGCAGGAAGAGAGUUUCCACCUGGGCUCGACUCAACAGCCGCAGCAACACGCUGGUCAACGAGCGGCUGUGGAGGCAGAUCCAGACCGCCUUCCCUCAGCAGUGUCAACGCCGCCUCAGCGGGCAGGACGCCGUCACCGAGGACGACCCGGGAGUCUCGGUGUGUUUUCCCAGAGUGAGUGAACCAGGUGAGCUGAGGAAGGAAUAUCAGGACCAGAUCAGUAAACUGACAGAGGAGAAGCGAGCGCUGGACGAGGAGGAGAGGAAGGCCAGCGAGGAGUACAUCCAGAGACUGCUGGCUGAGGAAGAGGAGCUGCUGCAGGACGAGAGGAGGAGGCGUGAAGAAGACGAGAGGCUGGCCAGAACACUCAGCAACGAGCUGAACUCUGCCUUCGUCUCUCAGGAAAACCUUCGUCCUGCUGACGUCACUCCGGCUAAGAAGAAGGAGAAAGUCAGCGCCGGACAGAUCGAGAAGUUUUUGUGUCCUCUUCCAUCUAAAACGAGCUCAGACUGCAGCUUGAUGGCGAACAAGGAGAACAUCCUCCUCUCUCAGGUGAAGCUGCCGGCCGAGCGCCCCCUCCCUAAACUGGACUACUACGGCGCCCAGACGCUCAGCUCCAGACUGGACGACCGUGACGUAGAGACGGACGCCUCAGAGCCGCCGACUCUGCGUGCGACCUCUCUGUCAGCGUCUGUGGAGGAGCAGCGUCUCCUCUGCAGGAGUCACCUCGGAGGAGACGCAGGAGCCUCCACAGCAAAGAGGAAGAGCUCCUCCUCCUCCUCGCUGGAGGCGGGGGGUUCGGCUCUGCUGUGGAUUGGUGAGCGGGAGGCGGAGCUAGUGAGCCGGCGGCAGCAGGAGGAGGAGGACCGGCAGCUGGCUCUGCUCCUGCAGAAGAAGCUGGACCAGGAGGAGCGGCAGCAAGCCACCAACAGGAGCAAAGGAUCCGCCGACGCCUACCCGCUCCGACAGAACCGCCGAGGGAAGGCGACGCCCAGCAGACCCCCCAAGACUACAAAGACCUCCAGCCCUUCCUCCCGCAGCUCCUCACAUUCCUCCGCUUCAUCUGGGAAGACUCUAACAGCUCCCAGUUCCUCCAGCAGAGGCAGCAAACAGGCCACCCUGACUGAGAUGUUCUCCAGCCUCAGCUGAACCCCCCAACCCCCCCUAACCCCCCCACUCUCUCUCUCUCCUGCACUGUCCCAGUGUCUCUCUACCAUCACUGAGCAGGACGCUCGCCUGCUAGUUUCAGUUCAGAGUCGCUUUAUUCUCUGUUUUCUCUGCAGAAACAAACUUUGUUAAUAAAAGUUGCUUUGAGAGAAGUUAAACAGAAAUCUGCCGUCUACAACUCGGCUUUCAUUCAUUUUUUUCUUUUUCUAUGUCGCCAAAAGUAUGUGGACAGCUGAUCAGCCUCCACGCUUCUGGUUCUAGACUUUAAACCAGAUGUUGGAGCCAAGCUGCAGAGAUUCAUCAGUGUGAUGAUGAUGAGGAAAGCUGUUUCUUUCUUUAUGGAGCUGCUUCGUGUCACAUUGAAACAGGAACAGAGCUGCAACCAUCAGUCGAUGAAUCGAUUCGUUGCCAACUAUUAAAAUAACGAUUUUGAUAAUCGA